AUGCCUUUCGAUGGGUAUUUAACGACCCCAAAGGCAGCACCUGCCUUGGAUGUCCCUUUAUCCAGUACAUCUGUCCAGGUUCGCGUUAUUGACACCACUUCUCGUUUGUCAGCUCCUGCCUCGAUGAUCCUCGAGCCAGCAAUACCUGGUCAUGACACUUUGCACUGUCCAGCUUAUUCAUUCCUCAUCGAGCAUCCCUCAGGACGAAGACUUCUUUACGAUCUUGGCACCCGCAGGGACUGGCAAAUGCUGUCACCCAUGGUGCAAGGUCUGUUGAAACAACAUGAUUUACACAUAGAAGUAGAGAAGAACGUGGCUGAGAUACUUGAAGAGGGUGGCGUUGCUGUGAGCAACGGCGCCAUUGAAGCGCUCAUCUGGAGCCAUUGGCAUUACGACCAUAUUGGGGACCCAAGCACUUUUCCGGCUAGCACAGCGCUUAUUGUCGGUCCAGGGUUUAAACAGGCCUUUCUGCCAGGCUAUCCGGAAGGCAGCAGCUCGGUAAUUUUACAGUCUGAUUACGAAGGUCGCGAACUCAGGGAGCUCAUUUUUGAGCCAUCGGCUGCUCGAAUCGGCGGACUGCAGUACCACGACCAUUUUGGAGACGGCAGCUUCUAUAUAUUAAAUGCUCCUGGACACGCGAUAGGCCACCUUUGUGCCCUGGCUCGCGUCAGUACUGGGGAGCAUGGGCAACAGGGCCAAGAUAGUUUCAUUUUCAUGGGGGGAGACACAUGUCAUCACGGUGGUGAAUUUCGACCUACCGAGUAUCUGCCUCUACCGAAAACGCUUGAUCCAUCUCCAAUGUCAGGGGCGCGAAUGAGUGUUUGCCCCGGAGCAUGGUUGCAAGAGAUUCACCACGAGAAGAAGUCCAAUGAGCCCUUUUAUCGAGUGAAACAGGGAUUCUCUUACCAUGCAGAGGACUGCGAGCGAACUAUUGCCAAGAUGAGCGAGUUUGAUGCUGCAGAUAAUGUGCUCGUCAUAAUAGCGCAUGAUACUUCUCUACUAGAGGAAGGAUUUCCCAUGUUUCCUGACUUCGCGAAUGACUGGUUGAGCAAUGACUUUGCAAGGAAAUUACGCUGGUGUUUUGUGAAAGAUUUCCAAAAAGCAAUAGAAGGAACCCGGAAUGUUUGA